AUGGCUCCACCAACACCCAUCUGGCUCGACUGCGACACAGGCCACGACGACGCCUUUGCCCUCCUCCUCGCCGCUCAACACCCCAACUUCAACCUCCUCGGUGUCAGCACAAUCUACGGCAACGCGCCCCUCACGCGCACAACCCACAACACCCUCGCAAUCCUAAAAGCUAUCGCCCGCGAAGACAUCCCCGUCUACCCCGGCGCAACCCGACCCUUCUGCCGCCCCGUCGCCUCCGCCCCGGACAUCCACGGCGAAUCCGGCCUCGACGGCACAACAUGCCUCCCCACCCCCACCGCAACCCCCAACACAGACCUCCCAGCCAUCGAAGCAGCCUACAAAGCCCUCAUCGCCCAACCCCCUGGCACCGCCUGGCUCGUAGCAACAGGCUGCCUAACCAACACGGCCCUCCUCUUCGCCAUCCACCCGGACCUCACCUCCCACCUCGCCGGCCUGAGCAUCAUGGGCGGCGCCAUCGGCGGCGGCUUCAGCAGCGCACCAAUGGGCGUCGUCGAAGGCAAAGGCGAGCGCUUCGGGAACUGGACGCCCUGGGCCGAGUUCAACAUCUGGCUGGAUCCCGAAAGCGCCUCCGCGAUUUUCUCGAAUGAGACUUUGGCGGCGAAGACGACGUUGAUGCCGCUCGAUCUGACGCAUCAGUUCCUCGCGACGGAGGCUGUGCAGAAGAUGAUGUUGCAUGGUCUGAAUCCCGAUGCGGGUAAGGAGGUUCCGACUGUGAGGAAACUCUUCCAUGAGAUUCUUACGUUCUUCGCCAAGACGUACGCGGAUGUGUUUGGUUUGACGGAGGGGCCGCCUACGCAUGAUCCGCUGGCUGUUGCUACUGCUAUCGUGCCGGAGCUGUUUGACGAUCGUGGUGGGGAGCGGUAUGAGGUGAAGAUCGUGACGGAGGGGGAUCAUGGGGCUACAGACUCUGCGCGGAAUGGCUCCUCGCAAUGUGGGAAGACUGUGGCGACGUUGUUGCCCAAAGGGAAGGCAGGCGUGAGAAUUCCACGGUCGUUGGAGAAGGACAAGCUGUGGAGACUGCUGGAGGAAUGCCUUGGUCGCGCUGAACAAACGGCGAGCACGUAA